UCCCCUUAAAUUUAGAAGAAAAAAAAAUCACAUUUACAUUCCCUUUGACCGGGAUAUACGAUAUAGUCACAUUCACUCCACAACAUCUUCACCUCUGUUCUCCAUCACCUACACUUCUCCUUCACAACUCCACCCCACCAUCAUUUCCCUCUUCAAAAUAGAUUCAUCUCUACUUUAAUCUCCAGGAAGAAAGGGGAACAUCUAAGAACUAGGGUUCACCGUUUGUUCUUUUCUAGUUUCUUCACGUUAUUUAGACAGCAUGGAUGUAGCACAUUGCUAUUUAGAAGGUAAUGCAGAUGCUGUUGAGUUUUGCCCACAUAAUGGGCACCAUAAUGUUUUAGCAGCAUCCACUUACACACUACAAGAAGGUGAUCAGCCCACUAGAUGUGGAAGCAUAUCACUAUUCAAUGUUGACGGGGACACAGACAAUUUUGACACCGUUUAUAGUGAGGAGACUAGUGGGAUUUUCGACAUAAAGUGGAAUCCACCCUCAGGGAACACGGGUCCUUUUUUAGGUCAAGCAGAUGCUGAUGGAUACUUGAGAAUUAAGAUGCUGGAUGGUUGCUAUGAUGGAGUACAAGGGACUUGUUUAAAAGAGAUUACAAGCGAAAAGAUCAGUAACUCAAUGUGUUUGUACCUUGAUUGGAAUCCUUCAUCCACAUCGAUCACAGUUGGGCUUUCUGAUGGCCGUGUUUCUGUUGUUUCUCUUCUUGAAUCCAAGCUGGAAAUACAAGAGGAGUGGAAGGCACAUGAUUUUGAACUUUGGACAACCUCUUUUGAUAUCCACCAGCCAAAUUUGGUCUAUACUGGCUCUGACGAUUGUAAGUUUUGUUGUUGGGAUUUGAGAGACAGUCCUUCCAAUCUUGUAUUUAAGAACUCUAAAGUCCACAAAAUGGGUGUUACUAGCAUUGAAAAGAGUCCUCAUGACCCAAAUAGAUUAUUAACUGGCAGCUAUGAUGAAUUCUUGAGGGUUUGGGAUUUAAGAUCAAUCUCAAAACCUGUUGAUGAAACUUCAAUCAGUUUAGGUGGAGGUGUUUGGAGGGUGAAGCAUCAUCGCGACAUUCAAGGCCUUGUUUUGGCUGCCUGUAUGCACAACGGUUUUGCGAUCGUUGGUAUUAAAGGCGACAAAGCUGAGGUGUUGGAAACAUACAAGAAGCAUGGUUCACUUGCAUAUGGAGCAGACUGGCAGAAAGGAGAAGUGAAGCUCAUUGAAGGGAGAAGUAAACCAGUAGUGGCCACUUGCUCAUUCUAUGACAAACUUGUCAGGGUAUGGAGGACCAGUAAUGAUAUUGUCUUGUAAGUUCGUGUUUAACUUUGAGCCCUUAGUUUUGAAAUGUAACAAUAACUGUUUAUUUUAUUCAAAUCAUUGUUUCAUUAAACAUAGAAAUAUUACAACAUCAUAGUUUCUCCCCAUUUUGCAAAGUUUGUCAUUAAGGGAAUUGUAUUAGGAAUCAUAAUUUUGAAAUUCAUUGUGAUGAGUCCUUACUGGUGUAAAUGCACUAAAUUGUGUAUGCAUUCAUUGAAGAUGAAGAUUAGGAAUUUUUUAAUUUUGAAA